AUGGACCAAAGCAGUAUAACUCCUAACACAUCUAAUCAGCAGCUGGUGAUAAAUGGAGACAAUGAUUCUGCCACUGCGCUUCUUCAGGAGAAGCAGGCUAGAAGACGUGAAACUUUAAGUGAUGUUACUUUAAAAGAAUUCAUGACUGUUGGGAUCCUGUGCUUCGUUAACCUCAUCAAUUACAUGGACAGAUUCACGAUAGCAGGUUAG